AUGGGAGUCGGCUCUCUGCCUGCAAGCAUUCUUGCAAGGAUGUUACAAAGAUCAUCCCUGUCAUCCAAGCCUCUUGAUGACCAAAACCAUGUGGCCUUCCAGAUGCCAUUCAGUAAGCACCUGAAAGUAGUCACCAGUGAUCCUAUGAAUAAAUCAACCAAUGAAAGAGUAUCAUCCUCAAAGAGCAUCAAACUGUCCUGUGCUGGGCAGCUGGCUCCUCUGAAUAAUUCUGCUUCUGGUCAGGAACCGAAAGAUUCCUGCAGCGGGAUCCAGCUCUUCGACAGGGACCACCAGGGAGAUUGGGAAACACAUAAAAGGAAUUUGCUUCACUUUUUCAUUAAACAACAAGCCCUUUGA